CCCCUAACUGCAGCUCGCAAGACACGCUUCGUGCUUGGCGGUACUGAUGAAUCGUCACAGUCUCCAAAACACAAGCCUAUUGUACAAACAGCAGGAGUUCGCUUUCAUCCUGCGGAUGAUGAGAUUUACGAACGCGAUCCGUCGGGAGAAGAUAGUCGUGGACUCCUCCUCAGCGCUACUGGAUCACAACAACGACGAUUAAUUCAGACUCUUUCCGCAGCACCAGCGCCGCUUCCUAAUCACCUCUCUUCCCCCUCAAGACAGCAUCUCAAGCUUCGCACUCUAGCCAGACUUCGCCGUCGCUUCCACCACAAAGCUGGGGAGUAUCAUAGAAACUCGGUGAUAGGAGAUGCGGAGGUGGAGUACAUCUUCCGAACCUUUUUCCUGAAGCAUACGAAAAAGAAGACGCGAUUGGUAAUGUCGGCUCUGGAAGUGAAGUUAAGAAAUAUCUACGCUGAUGGAAGACAUAGGCCUGAAGUGAGGGACUUAUCCCUUUACAUAACAGGUAUACAGCAUGGCGCGAUCCACCCCGUAGGAAAGGGGCAUGGACAUGGAGGAGGUCAUGGUGGAGGACAUUGAGAAGGUGCAGGUAUACGAGAGUAUUGAUGAGGACAUGUAAAUUUUUUUCAUUAUGUACCUAAAUAAAUUUUCUCUUUAUGCUCUGAGAGCACAAUCGGUGUAUACCGACAUCAUAUUCGCCAUGUAAUGGAAACUCAGCAGGUGAAGGCGAACAUGAUAUUGAUAUACUGGGAAACGCAUGAUAACACAUACUUGUGAAAAAUGUAAUCUAAGAACUUGGAAUUGCUACACUGAAUUCUUUGUAUAGAUGGCAGAAAAAAAAAGAUUACCGCAAUCAAACUCUCACUAAAUUACGAUGAAAAUCGGACAGUUAUUUGAUGUACUUCGAUACAGUAAAUGUGAUAAGGUCACGAGGAUUCUGGCACUACUUUGAUACAAAAAACCAACCAACAAUGUACUAGUAUCUAUUGGAUGUAUAAUUUGCUUUGGUAUUACGAAACGGAAACGAUGUGCUAGAUUUGAUAAUUUGCUUGGAUUCAACGCUUACGGGACAGUAAAUGAAUUCAUCUGGUGUACUUCAAAAAGGAUGAUCGCUUCGAACAAGGAGUAGGACACGUAAUCUAUACAUACACAUAGACAGCGAUUGAUUUUUGGAGUCAGUCAAGAGAAGGAGCGUAGUUUAGAUAAGACUCUUAAUUAGGAAGUAAAUAUGGAUAGCGUAGAAGUGUUCAAGAUGGUAAGUACCGGGCGCCAUAAGCGUUUAGGACUGGGGAUCCUGACAGCAUUGAAGAAGGGGCAAAAUGAAAUAUGCACUGAAGACCCCAAAAGUUGAAAAAAAAAAAGAAAGAUAAAAGCCAAAGACGGCAGGAUAACAGGACCCUUUUCCGUGGUGCUUACCCUGCUUCUUCUCCUAGGCUUUCUCCUCGAGUCCAGGUCAUGGGUGGCAUUCUGACCGUUAAGUACCCUCAGACAGACUUUCCCUGGUAUCUGCCAUCUGGCGAUACGGUAGAGGUCUUCCCCAGUUCCGCAGUCCAAGAUGAACUGCUAUAUGCAGGUAGUCUAAGCUGGCGUGCUGGCAGGCUGGUCGUAAAGGCUGGCGGUGUGUGACUUCGUAGACUAUGUCCAACAGGAGAUACGAAGCUUCUGUGGCUUUCGUCGCACUACAAAAAAAAAAAAAAAUCUGUUUUGAGUGAUGAGAUAAUCCCUAGUGGUCCUUCGGGAA